AUGGGGUGUGCACCUUCCCAUAGCGACAUUGUUAACAGUAUGACCAGGAGUGGUAUCCAGUUUUGGAAAAAACCCAAGAGCAUUUUGUCAGCACGUCAGGCUGGCCUUGAAAGGCUGACCAUCCCCUUGCUGGUUAAAGGCUCUACCUGCUACAGCAAUGGAGAGGCCUCACCCCAGAGGCAGAGGCAACAGGUGAUGGAGCAUCCAGAUCCCAGGAGGGAGCCAAACAUGGCCCAAAGUCUCCAUCUGUUCCCUGGGAAUCCCUCUCCAGGCAGGAGGGAACCUGGAAGCACCACCAUAGAUGCCGAAGCAGCCAUGUCAGAGACUACAGAUUCUCAGAAACACCGGACACAGUUAGAGAGUCAGAACUCCUCCGAAGAGGACUUCUGCUGGAAUGGAGAAAAGGGACAUAGUUCCAAGGUGUCGUCUAAGAAAGGAAAGACUGACCAUAUAUUGGGGAAAGAGAGUUGCUACUGCCAAGCCCAAGACUUUCUUGUUUAUGGGCUCGAAGACAAGGUGGAUUUCCCUGAACCCCUGGUGAAGGCUCACCACAGGGCUUAUGCCUUUCUGCACCCCAGCCUCUCCAGGUAUGAAGCAAUCCUGGGCAUAGCCCACGAGGCUGUCCAAACCCAGCAGUACCUCCAGCAAAUGGUGGGAUUCUUGCUCUGGCGCUUUGAUGAGAUCAACAAGCUCUUGGGAGAGAUCGCCAAUGAUGGAGAAGUCCUCCUCCAAGAAGCUGGAGCCCAUCUGGCUUGGCCAGCUGGAAAGGAGGACCCACCAUGCCAGCCGGAUCUCCUGCAACAGCUGCUGCAGUACACUGCCAACAGGAUGCAGGUUCUCCAUCACACAGUGACUUCCCUCACCUCCAGUGCUCUGCAGGACUCCAGUAGCUACCUCCACUCUGCUGCCCAACAUCUGGACAGAAAAUUAGAGGCUAAAGGAGAGCUGGACCAGUACCUCCUGAAGUCUAUCAGGCUCCUCAAAGGCUGUGUGGCUGGUCCCAGUAUGCCCAAGGUCGAUGAUCGACCUCUGUAUUCUGAAGACAGUGGUAUUGGGGCUGACAAUGAGUCUCUGCAUUCUGUGGACAAACUGGGGAAACAGGCCAGCUGGGAUUCUUUGGAUGAGUCCACAGAAAGGAAGCCCAGGGUUUCAUCUCACAGGGAGACCAAGGUGUUGGCAGAUGCCUGGCAGCACCAACCAUCAGCAUCAGGGUCCAGCAGACCCCAGGACUGUGCUCUUGAAACACAAAGAGCUCACUUCACUGCAUUGGGUAUCCCUUUAUAUGCCGAUGAAACUCUCACAAAUACACACUCGUGGUCUCUGCAGCUGGGGAAUAUGUCUUCACAUACUGCCUUAAAAACCUGGGUCCCUGAGAAAGGAGAACAUUUCAGAGAUAACAGGUUAAACGCUCCUCCACUCCUCACUGAUGAGGAAGACAGCAGUGCAGAGGAGGAGGAGGACAAUGACGAUGAAGGCGGCACCACUAGCCCAAGUCACAGUCACAGAGACACUUGGCCUUUGAGGCCAACAACUUCCCCAGCUCUCACGGAAAGUAUGUUGUGGCCGCAUUUCACGAGACUCGAGAGCUCCCAAGCCCAGGAGAUGAUUCUCAAGAUGAAGGAUGCAAUUAGUGAAAGAAUCAAGUUUGUCCCAGCUCAGCCAGCACACAAGGAAUGGACUGAGGAUGAAGAAAAGAAGAUAAUCCUCCCCGCCAGACCAAGCACAGUCAGCGAGGGCAGGAGGUCAUCUGGGAGACCGAAGAGAUCCAAGUCAGAGGAAUCUCUCAAGGGUCACUCUGAGGACCCCACACUCUUGGAACUGCAGAGAGUCCAGAAGGACCUCAGCCAGAGGCUAGAGAUGUUUUAUGGCUUCCGUAAGAAAAGGAAAACACAGAACAAAGAGGAGCACCACAUCCCCAGAACAGCUAUGUUGUGUCUGGACAGCAGAAGUAGGCCCACCCAGGGCUCCUCCAUUAGCAGGCUGAAGGCCUCCCUUGCCAAGAACCUCAGCAUUCUGCCUAGUCAGGAAAAGAUUGUCUUGCAGAAACCUGAUCCCAACUCUAAGAGUCAGCAACCCAGCAAAGGAAAAGCUGCGACACUUUCAAAGGCUACCACACCUGUCCAGGAACAUAUAUCUUGGGAGAGAGAAAAUGAGGCUCCUGAGACCCAAGGGUGGAAUGGUGAGAGAUGUAGCCCUCGACCAUCUGUCAAGAAACUCAUUGAAACAUUUAGUCCUACAGAAGAGAUGAUGACACCAAUAAGCCUCAGACCCUCAGGGGAGGUCAGUGGCAUCAAGAAAUUUGGUGUUCCCAUCAUGCCUUCCAGAUUUCCUAUUUACAGAGGGCUUGCCCCUUUGUAUCCCAAGCACCAGAUUUCUCCAGGAACAGAUGGAGAGCCCCCCAAAGUGGGCCAGAACUGGAGGCCCUUUGCACCAAUCCUCAUACCUCUCCCUAGAGUAGCACAAGUCUCCAGGAGUGCUCCCAACGGUGAAACGGAGGAGGAUUUAGAGGAUCUCCCUCCCCCACCUCCAGAAAUCUUGAUGGACAACUCAUUCAAUUCACUGAAGACCCCUGGAGAUCCAGAGCUGGGAGGGUGUCCAGCUGAAGUGCCCAACAAGCUUAAUCCAGUGGGGCUUCCCCUCACCAGGAAAACAUCAGCUUCCCAAAGGCUGAAGGCUUCCCUGAAUCCCAUUGACUUACUGCCUAGUAAAAAUAUGCCCACCCCCAUCCCUCCCAGUAGCAAAGGGUCAGGGGACACCAAGACAGAGAGGAAAGCCAAAAAUCUCUCCUUAGAACUGAUGCAUGAGCCUAGAACCAGCCACAACCAAGAGAAACCAGGUGUGGCCGGGAAACAGCCAAAAGUAGAAGAGGCUGCAAGUCUCCACAAGCAACCCCAUAAGGUGAUACCUCUGCCCCACCCCAGCAGCACAGCUGGGCUGAAUGGAAACAAGGAAGCUGCCAUGCCCAGGCUACCCCGACCCGAAGCGCUGAGACAGGGCCAAGAGAAGAACCCGGCUCUGGUCAGGAAAGUCUCCCCUACUAGGAUACACUGGUCACACAGGACGGAAAAGAGAAACCUUAGCCCACCUGCCUCACACAGACCCACUGGGCUGCCGGCCCAGCCGAGCCUUUCCCAUGUGCAAAGACAGUCCAGUCCACCUUUUAGCCCUAGGACAAGCCCUCCAGUCAGGGCCAGGACUCCUAGCCCCCCAACGAGCCCCAAGACAACAAGCCCCCCAGCAUCAAGAAAAUCAGCUUCUCCACUCCUCCAACCCAAAAAUCCCAGUUCUCCCACAGAAGUCCCUCAGAGCCCCCCAGCUCCCCAAGAGCUCUCAAGCCCACAGGUCAGUCACAGAGAAGUGAGCCCCCCUCCCUCCGGCUCCACCCCUACACCCCCGAUCUCCCCAUCCCAGGAACCCAAGGAGCCAAGUCCAUGCAGGGAGAGUGAUCCAGCUCCAGUCAAGGUGGCGCCCAACACCUGCUCCAUAUUCUGUCCUGCAGCCUCCUCUCUGUUUGAGGCCAAAUCCCUAUCCUCCCCCAAAGGAUCACCCACAGAGGGUGGGGAGCAUCCGGAGAUGGCAGCAGAGGCUAAGAGAACCAUGGCACUGCCAAGGCAGUGGGGGGAGCCCCAGAGGAGGAUGGCUUUGUGUGCUCUCAACCCCCAGCCUUUCAUCAGAAGGACUGCCUCUGACCAUCGGCCAAGAGUACGCCUCCGGCUGCCGGGCUCAGCCUCUGUUGGGACCACGAGUGAACUGUGCAGCCAGACCAGCUCAGAGGAGAGUUCUCCAAAGGAACUAGCACCUUGGAAUAGCCUCUGCCUAUCAGACAUGAAGGGAAGCAGCAAGUGGGCAUCCCACCCUGACCUCUAUGUGGUUGGUCGAGGGUUCCAGAGGGAGUGA